UUGUAAUGCAGUUUAUUGAAAGGCCUCAAAUUUAUCCUUUCUUUUAUUUUUACUUCAUCUUCAUGUGUAUAUAUUAGUUCUUAUAACUUUUAAUAUGCCUUUUUCCUUGCCUAUAACAAUUAUGGGUAUGUCAAUUUUACAUAAAAUUACAGGAAAAGAGUUCAUAAAUAUAGGAUCAAAAGUAAGUAAUUAUUUUUAUCCGCAAAAGGCCUCAAUUCUUUCGUCUGCUUUGGGCGGCCAAAGCAGUUGAGCCGGCCCUGAAACCGAAAAUGCUCAAAUUGGGAUGUGAAGAGGCCGGGGUAAGUUACCCGCAUUCCCAUAAGAUUGUACACAGAGAUGUGAAGACUGAAAACGUGUUGUUAGACAAAACCAGAACCGUUAAAAUUGCUAAUUUUGGGGUUGCACGUGUUGAAGCAUCUAACCCAAAUGACAUGACCUAUGAAACUGGGACCCUUGGCUAUAUGGCCCCUGAGGUACCGAAUGAGAAUCCGUAUAAUAGAAAGUUUGACGUGUACAGUUUUGGCAUUUGUUUAUGGGAAAUAUAUUGUUGCAAUAUGCCAUACCCUGACCUUAGUUUCUCGGAAGUAACUUCCGCUGACGUUCGCCAGAAUCUAAUGCCCGACAUUCCAAGGUGUUGCCCGAGUUCUCUUUCUAAUGUUAUGAAACUAUGUUGGGAUGCAAAUCCCGACAAACUACCCGAAAUGGACAAGGUUGUUAGGAUGUUAGAGGGAAUUGAUACAACGAAAGGCGGAGAUAUGAUUCUGGGUGAUCAAGCUCAGGUUGUCUUUGCUUCCGGAAGUAUCGCGGGCCUUAAAGACUUGUACCAUGUGUUGAGAAGAUGGUACACUUAUAUUUGAAUAUCGAAAGGUUUUGUUAAGUUGAAAAACUAAGUACGAAAAUUUAAUAGAUUCCUUAAAGUAUGAGUAUUUUAGAUGGUGGAUGGGUUAGACUUG